GUCAAAUCAUCGCAUCUGUAUUGCUCAUGUCUAUGUUAUUCACAUCAUACGUUUUUAUUACAAGUCUAGAUGAAAGGUACUUCAGGUUGCCACUGCAAGAUAUUCCAACAGUCGAAUGGUGUAAGGAGCUAAGAAACAUAUCAGAACCUCGUAAUCCAGUGUGUUUGAUCUCGGGGCCUGGAAGUGGCAACACUUGGCUUCGAUACCUUUUGCAACAAGCUACUGGUAUAAUAACAGGGUCAGUGUACAAGGAUGAAUCUCUACUAAUGCAAGGGUUCCCGGGUGAAUCCCGCAAAGAUGGUUCCGUGCUGCUUGUGAAGAGCCAUGGGCCUAUGGAUUUCACCUCAAACUUGGUCCAAUUCGACUCCGUCGUACUGCUCAUUCGGAAUCCAAAAGAUUCUAUACUGGCUGCCUUUAAUGUAAUGUAUGGAUUACAUUUAAAAUUAAAAGAAAAUGUAACUGAAGACGUAAUAUUCCAUAAUAUGCAUAAUAUUCAUGAUAUUGUUGCGCCACCUUCAAUCUUCGGAGAAUUCGGCGGCAAUUGGUCACGCGUAGUCAAUUGUUUCAUUAUAGCAUGGACAGCAUUGUACACGGAGUGGCUUACCAAAUACCACGGCCCAAUGCACGUCGUGUUCUAUGAAAAUUUGGUCGAAGAUACUAGAAACGAGCUGCAAGCGAUACUCGACUUUUUGAAUGUCACUGUUUCAUCGUGGGACAUCACUUGUGCAAUCCAUAGAAAGAGUGGCUUGGAUAACCUGUUCCGACAUGUUAAGAAAUAUAAAUAUUUCAAUCCUUUCACAAAAGACAUGUAUGAGAAAAUGGAGUUGGCCCAAAAUAAAGUGUAUGAUCUUGUCAAAUAGUAAACAAAAAGUAAUAAUAUAAAUUUAU